GAAAAAUUAGGAAAGAUGAAGCAUUGGGUUACUUUAAUUCCAUGAUUCAAACCAAACCCUUGCCCUCCAUUUGGACUUUCAAUUGUUUGUUGGGGGCACUCUCCAAGAUGAAGCAAUAUUCUGCUGUCGUUUCGACCUAAUGUCUGUACAAUGAAUAUUUUUCUGAAUUGCUUGUGCCAUCUAAACCGGGUGGAUUUGGGUUUCUCUGUUUUAGCAAUUACCCUUAAAUGUGGUCUUCAACCCGAUGCUCAUUCUAUAAACACUUUACUUCACGGGCUUUGCAAGUACGGUUCCUGGGCCGAGGCAAUAGAGCUGUUCAAGUUAAUAGAAGAGAAGGGAUACAAAUGCGAUGAAAUCACUUAUGCUACCAUGAUCAAUGGACUAUGCAAGGCUGGGAAAACUUCUAAGGCACUCGAGAUACUUACGAAUAUGUUGGAAGAUGGAAGGUUCAAGCCCAAACAAGACUGCUACAAUCCCAUCAUAGAUAGCCUGUGUAAGGAAAGACAAAUAGAUGAGGCCUUGACCCUAUUUAGAGAUAUGAUCUACAAAAGUGUUGUACCGGGUAUUAUCACUUAUACCACUUUGAUUCAUGGGUUAUGCAACAUGAGUCGCUGGGAAGAAGUGCUCUCUCUGUUUGAAGAAAUGGUGGAUCAAGGAGUCAGGCCAGAUGUUGUCACCUAUAACACUCUACUUUAUGCAUUGUGCCAAUCGGGGAGGUUUGAAAAAGCCAAGAGCUUCUUGAUUUGCAUGCUUAACAGUGGAAUUUCACCCGAUGUAUACGCAUAUAGUGUUCUUAUCAGCCGUCUUUGCAAGGAGGAAAGAAUUCGAGAAGCGCUUACUCUGUUUGAAAAGAUGAAAACGAAUGGCCUGAAGCCUAAUGUUGUCACUUUUAAUAGCAUGAUUUCCGCAUCAUGCAAGUCUGGUAACUGGGAGGAAGGUGUGAGAUUAUUUAAAACCAUGAUUGGUUAUGGAGUCUUGCCUGAUAUUGUUACAUACAAUUCUGUACUGGAUGCUUUAUGCAAGGAAGGGAAGACAGCAGAGGCACUGAAUCUUGUGGAAGAAAUGAUCCGUAGAGGGGAAAAGCCUGAUGUUGUGACUUACAACUCCUUAAUUAAUGGAUUGUGCCGUACAGCUCAAUGGGAAGAAGCCACAAGAUUGUUUGAUGAUAUGGUAGGCCGGGGACUCUUGCCUGAUACCGUUACUUUGGUAAUACUUUUGGAUGCUAUCUGCAAAGGUGGGAUGACAGAAGAGACUCACAAAAUAUUUGAGGCAACAAUUGAAUACAGUAUGAAACUCAGCGCAAUAACUUGCAGUAUGCUGGUUAGUGAAUAUUGUUUGCAGGGCAGAAUGGAUAAGGCGAAGGUGGUCUUGAACUUAAUGGUGAUUAUGGGUUAUGCGCCUGAUAUUGCUUCCUAUAAAACCUUGGUCAACGGCUAUAUAAGCGUUGACAGAAAGGGUGAAGCUUUGAGGCUUGUUAAAGAAAUGAUCGAAAUAGGAUUGAUGCCUGAUCUGGAAAUGCAACAAACUUUGGGGCGUUUUCGUUGUAAAAGGCAUAUUGGAUUAGCAGGGUAAAUGCUCAAAUUGGCCAACAUAUAUAUAGUUGUAUCCUAAUUGUUGGCAUUGUUGAUGUUUCUUAAACAUAACCAGCGAUAUGAUGUUUUAUACAAUCUGCAAGCUUUCGGUUGACUCUUCCUGUGGAAACAUUUCUGUUGGCUUUUAUUUAAAAUCCUUAAGAUGUUGACAAUUUACCAUAUCCUUAGGCACAUUCUACUCUUAAAUGCUUCCAUUAACUGAAGAUGUACAGGAUCAAAGGUAAGUGAAGGAGAAAGCGAGGUAAUAGUGUAAUGAUGUAUUUCACACAUCCGAGGGACUCACCUUGUAAAUUACCGGUACCACCAUUUGUUGAUUUGAUUUCUUGCAGUCGAGGAUCUUCACAAGUUCGUCCAAGCACCACCUUCUGGAGACAUAGUUUCCAAAGAAUACAAUGACAGAAAUCCUCGACUCUACAAUCGCUUUGAGGAGCGUUGUUGACAUUUCUCCUCUUGAAAGAAAAUCAUCCAGCGAGGUGUAAAUUCCUUUUUGACGCAAAGUGCUAUACAAAUGGCAUGUGAAACUGUAGCGCGUGACCUUGCCUCUGAAACUCAAGAAUACAUGGUAUUUCCAUGAAUUGGUGAAACGAGGCAGCUGCUGUUGACAUGAACGAUGAGGCAGCUGCUAUUGAGGAGGAAAAGAUGAGGCAGCUGCUGUUGCCUCUUUAGCCAUUGAAGCCAACCAGAUGAUUGUUUCAAUAGAAUUUCAAUCAAUAGUUGACUUUGGAAUGAGACAUGAACGAUGAUAUGUUCCUGCCAUGUGCUUUCCUCUUGACAUUAUUUUACGUAUAAAGUUGGAAAAGACAAAUACAAAAGCACCCAAUACCUUGAGAA